AUGAUCACAUCCAUUUGUUUGGGAUUCUUUGGGACCAUAUUUGCAUUUGCUGGCAUGAAAUGUACAAGAAUUGGAGGGAAUAACCACAUGAAAGCUAAAAUUGUCUGUUUAGCAGGAAUCCUCUUUAUACUUUCAGGUACAUGCUCCUUGGCUGGUUGCUCUCUGUAUGCUCAUAAGACCACUUCUGAAUACUUCGACCCUACCAUUGUAACUGCAAAGUAUGAGCUGGGGGCAGCUCUGUUUGUUGGAUGGGCUGGAUCUGUCCUAUGCUUAGUUGGAGGAUUCAUUUUUUGCUGUACAUUUCCAUUUGACAAUGUCAUCCAAAGGUAUGAUGUAAAAGGCUUAACCAUUCAUCAAUACACAGUGUAG